UGUAGCGAGGCACCCAGUGUAGAAACCACUGCAGCCAUGAAGGGAGGGAUCGUUCUGCUGAUCGCUGGUGUGUUCCUCGUGGUGUACUGCACGCCGCUCGCUGCUGCAGACGAUGGCGACGAAGUGGUGGAAGGGGAAAACACAGACGCUGAUGACGACGACGGCGACAGCAUAGCAGACGACGACGACUACGCCAUCGAACUUGAGGAGGGUCCAAAUGUAGAGAGCAGGCGGGCAGUCAAAGGUGCUCACGCCCGGGCCGGCCACGCGAAACACGCGCGUGCAGGCAGCCGACACGCUGCGGGCAGAGCUGCAGUCAGGCCCCACGCCAGGUCAGGCGCCGCCCGCAGAGCCGCCCACAGAGCGUAGUCGCCGCUGCUGAGG